UUUCAAAGCGCCCACCCUUUGUCUUCUUCCCUCCAAUUCGUCCUGUUUAAUUUCUCCACGUUUUAGCACCAGAAGCGGAGGUGACAUAAAAGGAGCGGCUCGGUAAGAAUGUCGGCGGAAGCUAGCGGCGGAGGUCAGACCGAGGACAAGAAGCCGGGCGAUGCUGCUCACAUUAAUCUCAAAGUGAAGGGCCAGGACGGCAACGAAGUGUUUUUUAGGAUCAAGAGAAGCACUCAGCUGAGGAAAUUGAUGAAUGCUUAUUGCGAUAGGCAGUCGGUAGAUUUCAACUCGAUUGCCUUCUUAUUUGAUGGGCGCAGGCUCCGAGGAGAGCAGACUCCCGAUGAGCUUGAGAUGGAGGAUGGAGAUGAAAUCGAUGCAAUGCUUCACCAGACUGGAGGCGGUGGUGGAAGUCCAUAGGUGGUAAUUGGACCGCAUAUUUGAAAUAUGCAGAGAGAAAGAAAGCUUGGGAGGCCCCCGUUGGAGCAUUACAGUGUUAGUAAACUAUCAUCUAAUUGUUGUUAUACUAUAUGUAAUGUAAAUGAAGGAUCUGGAGAGCUCUUGGAUUCUAUCUUAUUAUGCACGAAUAUAUUUGUUUGGAAA